AUGUAUAUCAAGCAGAUAACCAUUCAAGGCUUCAAGAGCUACAAAAAUCAGACCGUGGUCAAUCCUUUCUCCCCGAAACUCAACGUUGUCGUCGGUCGCAAUGGGUCGGGCAAGAGCAAUUUCUUUGCCGCUAUCCGAUUUGUUCUCAGCGAUGCCUAUUCGCAGAUGGGACGCGAAGAGCGACAAGCCCUUAUCCACGAAGGAUCUGGUUCCGCAGUCAUGUCGGCCUACGUGGAGAUAGUGUUUGAUAACUCGGAUGGCCGCUUCCCUACCGGAAAUGACGAGCUCAUCCUGCGCCGGACGAUCGGUCUCAAGAAAGAUGAAUAUUCGCUCGACCGCAAGAAUGCGACGAAACAGGAUGUGGUGCAGCUGCUGGAAAACGCUGGAUUCUCGCGCGCAAACCCAUACUACAUCGUCCCUCAAGGUCGCAUCACCCGGCUGACCAACAUGAAGGACUCGGAGCGUCUGGACGUCCUAAAAGGCGUCGCUGGCACCCAGCUAUUUGUUGCCAAAAAGGAAGAGUCCCAGAAGAUCAUGAGCGACACCAACAAUAAACUCGCCGCCAUUGAUCAGACGUUCGAGCAGAUCGAAGACCGUCUCAAGGAACUCGAAGAGGAGCAAGCCGAACUCCGGGAUUUCCAGGAGAAAGACCGCGAGAAGCGUGCACUCGAAUACACCCUGUUCCAUCGAGAGCAAGAUGAGAUCAAUAGGGCGCUGGCGCAGUUGGAAGAUCGGAGAGUGGGCGGUAUCGACGAAGUCGACGAGAAUCAAGAACGUUACGCGCAGGGAGAGGACGAUCUGGCCAGGAUUUCGCAGCAAAUUCAGCAACUCAAUCAUCAGAUCCAGGCAGCGCGGCUUGAGAAGAGGCAAUAUGAAGAUGAAAAGCGAGAGAAGACAAAAGCACGAGCGCAGGUCGAGCUGGAGGAGAGGAAUCUCGUCCAUGGACAAGCUGCGGCCGAACGUGCCAUGCGGGAUCGUAACAAAGAGCUGAAACAAGUUCGAGCGCAGAUCCAGGAGAUCGAACAGGAACUGAGUACCAUCAUUCCACAAUUCGAGGCGGAGAGGGCUAAGGAACAGGCCGUCAAAGCGCGGCUCGAGGAAGCGACUGCCACGCAGCAGCGGCUCUACGCCAAACAAGGGAGGAAUGCUCGUUUCAAGUCCAAGAGAGAUCGGGACAGCUGGCUCCAAACGCAAAUCGACGAAACGUUCCAGUCCCUGUCCCGUUUCAAAGCCACUCGGAUGCAGACGGCCGAGGGCAUCGCAGACGACGAAAAACAGAUUGCCACUCUCGAGAAGGAGUUGGAAACCCUCCAGCGGCGACUGGGCGCGCAGGACCAUUCUAUCGACGAAGAGAUCCAAGCGGCCAAUGAAAGACGAGACAUGCUGAUGGACGAGCGAAGGGGGCUGUGGCGCCGGGAAGCGCAGUUGGACUCGGAAUACGCAGGGGCCCUGGAUGACCUGAGAAAGGCUGAACGCAACCUUUCGCACAUGAUGGAUGGCAACACCAGCCGAGGUCUGGAGGCCAUUCGGCGCAUCAAAGAGCAGUACAAUCUGGAUGGUUGCUACGGUCCGCUGGCGGAACUGAUUGACGUUCCUCAGCACCACACGGCCGUGGAGGUCGUCGGAGGAACUUCUCUCUUCCAUUACGUCGUGGAUAAUGACGACACGGCGAGCCGGGUCAUGGAGAUCUUGAAUCGAGAGCGCGCCGGUCGAAUCACCUUUAUGCCGCUGAAUCGACUGAAGGCGAAGACGGCCAACUUCCCCAACGCGCAAGAUGCAAGACCGCUCAUGUCACUCAUCAAUUACGACAAGAAGUUCGAGAAGGCCGUCCAACAUGUUUUUGGCAAAUCAAUCAUCGCCCAGAACCUCAGCGUCGCGGCGCAGUACGCUCGGACUCAUGGCUUGACCGCGGUGACUCCAGAGGGCGACCGGUCAGACAAGAAAGGUGCAUUGACUGGUGGCUACCACGAUGUCCGCUCGUCGAGACUCAAAGCAAUGAAGGCGGUGGUGGCAGCCCGGGAGAAAUUCGAAGCCGUCAAGGCGGAGGGCAACAGCAACAAGCGGAAGAUUGAACGGAUCGACCAGACCAUCACCAAGGCCAUGAGUGAGGUUCAGAAACUGGAGCAGCAAAAGAACCAGUCUCAAAGUGCGCAGGUCAUGGUCAGGCAAGAGAUCAGAAGCAAGAUGGACAUGCUACAACGCAAGAAAGAAGACCUCGAGGCGAAAAAGAAGCAAGAGGCGUCGAUUGCGGCCAACGUCAAGAUCCUGACUGACCAACAAAAUGCUUACCAAGCUGAGUUGGGCUCCGACUUUAAGAAAGCACUGAGUGCGGCCGAAGAGAAGCAGCUGGAGGAUCUUGCCGUCAGCAUCCAGAACCUGAGGCGCGAAUACAACGAACUGUCGGCAUCGAGAGCGGAAACCGAAACCAGAAAAGCGGACUUGGAAGCUCGAUUGACCUCCAGCCUGAAGCCUCAACUGGCGGCGCUCGAGACUGACGAUGUGGACGAAGAAGCAGGCAGUUCCUCCCACCUCCGAGCCAAGCGCGCGGAAUUGGCACGUCUGACCAAAGAGCUCGAAAAGAUCCAAGGUUAUCUGGAUGAGCUCGAGGAGAGGUUGGAGUCUUCGGCGGCCCAGGUCGCCGAGCUUGAGGCUCAGGAGGUCGAGGUCAGACGACAACAAGAAGCAUUGGCCAGGGAGAUUGAACGCCACCAGCGCCGUCUGGAGAAAUCCGUCCAGAAGAAGGCUGCUCUGUUGGCCUCGAAGCAGGAGACCUUGGAGAACAUCCGCGAACUCGGCGCCAUCCCCGAGGACUUGCGGACGAAGUACCAGAAUACCGACUCGAAUGCUAUCGUGAGGAAGCUCCAGAAAGCAAAGGAAGCCCUGAAGAAGUACAAUUCCGUCAACAAGCAUGCCUUUGAGCGCUAUCGAAAUUCGAUGAAGCAGCGGGAAGAGCUGACUGCACGACGAAAAGAGCUUCAGGCCGGGAGGACAUCGAUCGAGACCCUGAUCGAAAGUCUGGAUCAGCAGAAAGAUGAAGCGAUUGAGCGCACAUUCAAGCAGGUCAGCAAGGCGUUUGCAGAAGUGUUCCAGAAGCUGGUCCCUGCCGGUCGGGGUCGAUUGAUCAUUCAACGAAAAGCCGACAAGAGGCAAGCAGACGACGACGAUGACGAACCGGAUGCCGGACCUGCUAACAGUCGCGGGGUGGAAAACUAUACGGGCGUGGGCAUCAGCGUCAGCUUCAACAGCAAACAUGACGACCAGCAGCGAAUUCAACAGUUGAGUGGUGGUCAGAAGAGUCUUUGCAGUCUUGCCCUCAUCUUUGCCAUCCAGGCCACUGACCCGGCACCGUUCUACAUCUUCGACGAGAUUGACGCGAAUCUCGACGCCCAGUACCGAACUGCUGUGGCCGACCACCUCUUAUACCUGGCGAACCGGGCCGAAGAGGAACCCAUGAAUGGCGACGACAAACCCAUGGGCGGCCAGUUCAUCUGCACCACAUUCCGACCUGAAAUGCUGAGGGUGGCUGACAAGUGUUUCGGCGUGCGCUUCGGUAACAAUGUGAGCAGCAUUCGGGAGGAGACGAAGGAGAAUGCAUUGGAUUUCAUUGAGAGCCAGGCACAAUGA